CAUUAGCGUCACCAACAUUGGAGGAUCACUGAUGAUGUCAGAGUCAACACCAGGCAUUCAAAAGUCAGGGAUUGUGAGCGGUGAUAACGCUUCAAAGGGAGAUAGUCAGGAGAUGCAAUCUUCAUCUCAAAGCACAGGCGUGCCCGGAAACAAUGCUGGCAAGACCACUGGGGAAAAUAAGAACCUCAAAGCAAAUGACAAAGCUCGCACAGAAGAUCCCCAGAAGACCAAAGCUGUAACAUCUUCAUCCCAGGGAACUGGCUUGCCUGGAAACCAUGGGAAUAAUAAAAACCUUGGAUCAACAGAAUUUGUCAAGGCCAAAUGUAAACAAUUUGAGAAUGAUGGUUCAGGUUCUGAACAAAGUGGAAAUCAUGAUAACAGAAGAGCUGGUGCACAAAGUGCAUCAUUUGUUGUUCAUACCAGAGGACAAGAGAGUACAGGCAAUGGACAGAAAGGUACACUAAGUGGUGGUCGUGAGGCCUCAGAUAUGCAUGCUGAUCAAACAAACCAAACUGCAAUGCAAGGAAAGACUGGGUCUUCAGGAAAUUUACAUGAUCCAGGAAUAAAAGAAGUCACUGUGACAGCUGAAGGUUUGCAUGUUGUUCAUCCCAGAGGACAAGAGAAUACAGGCAAUGGACCGAAAGGUACACAAAGUGGUGGUCGUGAGGCCUCAGAUAUGCAUGCUGAUCAAACAAACCAAACUGCAAUGCAAGGAAAGACUGGGUCUUCAGGAAAUUUACAUGAUCCAGGAAUAAAAGAAGUCACUGUGACAGCUGAAGGUUUGCAUGUUGUUCAUCCCAGAGGACAAGAGAAUACAGGCAAUGGACCGAAAGGUACACAAAGUGGUGGUCGUGAGGCCUCAGAUAUGCAUGCUGAUCAAACAAACCAAACUGCAAUGCAAGGAAAGACUGGGUCUUCAGGAACUUUACAUGAUCCAGGAAUAAAAGAAGUCACUGUGACAGCUGAAGGUUUGCAUGUUGUUCAUCCCAGAGGACAAGAGAAUACAGGCAAUGGACCGAAAGGUACACAAAGUGGUGGUCGUGAGGCCUCAGAUAUGCAUGCUGAUCAAACAAACCAAACUGCAAUGCAAGGAAAGACUGGGUCUUCAGGAAAUUUACAUGAUCCAGGAAUAAAAGAAGUCACUGUGACAGCUGAAGGUUUGCAUGUUGUUCAUCCCAGAGGACAAGAGAAUACAGGCAAUGGACCGAAAGGUACACAAAGUGGUGGUCGUGAGGCCUCAGAUAUGCAUGCUGAUCAAACAAACCAAACUGCAAUGCAAGGAAAGACUGGGUCUUCAGGAACUUUACAUGAUCCAGGAAUAAAAGAAGUCACUGUGACAGCUGAAGGUUUGCAUGUUGUUCAUCCCAGAGGACAAGAGAAUACAGGCAAUGGACCGAAAGGUACACAAAGUGGUGGUCGUGAGGCCUCAGAUAUGCAUGUUGAUCAAACAAACCAAACUGCAAUGCAAGGAAAGACUGGGUCUUCAGGAACUUUACAUGAUCCAGGAAUAAAAGAAGUCACUGUGACAGCUGAAGAGUCUGUGGUCGAACUUCAACAUGUCAGCCACAGCUUCGAUGAGAAGGAUGAUAUGAUGGUAGUGUACAUGUAUGUGAAAGACGUGGACAAUGACAGUCUAGAGGUCAAAUUGCGCCCAGAUACCCUACAUGUCAGAUUCCAGACUAGGGAUAACCUGUUCCUGAAGCGUAACAAGGGCAGCACAGAGAAAACCAAGUUCAGCUGGACUAUAAGACUCAAGGGUCAGGCACAAAAGGACAAGUGCUCAUUCAAGGUCAGUCCUUUUGCUGUUACCCUGAAUAUCUCAAAGAAGGUGUUCGGCCGCUGGGGACAUCUAGAGAACCUCAAUAGACCAGCUAUGAAUAAAAAGAAACAUGCUCCAAGUCCACCCUCAGCUGAACAAACCAGUGGACAACAGAGUGCUGACGAUGCCAACAAAGGUUCGCCAAGGACCGGUGCUGAGCUCACAGGAUAUUUGGAUGAUGCAGGGAACCAGCUAGGAAUGGGAGAAGGCACUGGGACAAAUGCAGACGAGGAAAGAAAGAAUCGUGCUUCAAGUCCAAACCCUUCUGAUCACACCAGUGAACAAGAGAGUGCUGACGAUGCAAACAAAGGUUCACUAAGGACUGGUCCUGAACCCGCAGGAGAUCCGCAUGAUGCAGUAGUCGUACAGCCAAUGACUGAGCCCACAGCAGAUCAGCACAAUGCAACAAACCAGCCAGGAAUGGGACAAAACAGUGGGACAAAUGCAGAAGCAAAUCCAUCUUCCGGCCAUGAAGCCACUCAACAGCAUAGUUCAGGUGAUGAAGGUGAUGAAAAUGCUAAUCCAAAAUUAGAUGCAGGAUCAGGUGAAAGUACAACAGUUGAUAAUAUUGAAGACAAAGAGGAAAACUGGCAGAGUCAAAAUACAUCUGGAAGCAUUCUCCAAAAAGAAACAGACGCAGAGAAAGCUGAAGAAGGAAACACAACUGUUGGGAAAUCCCAAGCAUCACAUAUUCAGAGGCCUCAGAACACACAAGACGAUCUUGAGAAAAAGCUUGUGGACUGCCAGUCGAAUGCGAGUUUUCAGACUCCAAAGAAAGAUGGACAGGAAAAGGAUUUGUUCCCAGUGCAGACGGAAGACAAAAGUGAUAAUGAUGAGCUUGGAAAUAGAUCCAUUGAUACAGCUGAUGUCGAAGACGUUUUAGGCUCUCAAGAUUCAAUCAGCUCUCUGGAUUCCUUUGUAAUUAUCGAUCAACAAGAAGAAGAUUGCAAAGAACAGGAAAAGAUUGAAAACAAGACCCAAAGUGAAUUCUCACCCGCUGGAACAUCCUUUGAAUGUAUGAAUACCAAGCAUCCAAGAAGUAAAUCGGAAGCUGCACAUCUAGAAAAACCUGUAUCUAAUGACAAAUUCUGUAUCAUAUCUCAAGGUUCUAUUUUAGUUGUUCAAAGCAUAGAUAAACCUAUGUGUUUGCUAUCUUUGGGUGAGGCAAAGAAUGCUUACUUUGAAGGGGACCUCUUAUGUGUUGAUGGUAGACUUUUUGUUUUGUUUACUGAGGGCAACAUUCUGAAGUCAAAUGAAGUUCCACAACUACCUUCUGGCGAGCAAAAUGGCAUGGCUCAUUGUAAAGACUCAUCAUUUGCUCAAGAAAAAGAUAAGUCGGUCAAAGAAAAUGUUGAAAAACAGGGAAACACCCGAGAUAUGCUGGAACAAGACCAUGCUGGGAGACCAACAACCAGACAACAUAGUCUUGAUAAUUCUAGUGCUUUUGGAUCCCAAUUAAGUGUUGUAAAGCAGAAAAGAAAAGAGAUAGUUCUUAGAAAUGUCCCAACAAUGGUUGUAAAAAUCAUAUCACAGUCUUCAUUUAAAUCAGAAUUUAGAACAAAGUUUCCUGAUGCUGAAUACAAAGUUAAGAAUGAAAAAGGUAACACUGCAGACAUUGUAAUAAAUGGGUCACUGGAUUGUCAAGAGUGGUUUCAAAAGGAAAUACAUUAUUGUAGAGUGACCAUGAGUAAUGUUCAAUAUGGUGAAUUCAUCCCCAAGUUGCCUGUCAUAUUAAACGAGUACAUGUCAAAACGUUAUGGCGAGCUUGGAACAGUUUUUUGGGACACGCUUUCUGAGAAAAAUCAAAUAAUUGUAUGGUGUUCUUCAUCACCAUCUGCUGAUGAAGUGGUUAGCAAAUUGAAGAAAGCAAUCAAAAAAGUUGAACAUUCCUGUGAGACUGGUAACUCUGCUUUGCCCCCUUUAAUAAUUAAGAAAAUGAAAGAAAUGCACAAUGUUUUACAUGUAAAAAUUGAUUGGAGUUUGGAUGAAGUCUACACUUUCAUUGUGUUUUGCUAUCAAGAAGAUGCUGCAGACAUAAAGAAAGAUUUAGAAGAUUUGUGUUCAUUUAAAAAAUCAACAAAAGAAGAUUCCUUCCAUUCAACUGCUGAUACAUUUAAAGAUCUUGGAGAGGCAUUCAAGUACUCUAUUGCGAAUGCAAAUGGCCAAACCAUUGCAGUUUCAAAUGUUGAAGCUGUGAAUUUAGACGCAGACGCUAUUGUUGUUCUAAAGGAAAAUGAAAGCAUGGAAGAUGUUAGCAAAUCUUUUUCAAGAAGUGGAAAUCAGAUUGUUGUUGAGUAUCCUCAGGGGAGACAUGAGGAAAUGCGGGCAAAGUAUAAAGUAGCCGAGUCAAUGACAUAUGCUCUAGUUGAGAUAGAGAAAGGAAACUGUUUUAAAGUAGCAGUUGCGUGUAGUGAAAGUAAAUCGUGGACAAAUGGAUACAAGUACUUGAAAUUUGUUCUGUCUGCGAUUUUUGAAUUUUUCAAGCAAAAUGCAGGUAGUCCAUAUUUCUUCUUUUUGUGUACCUCAGAUGAAUUUGGGUACAGAACUUGUCAGCAAAUACUACGAGAAGGAAAGCCGAAUGAUUAUGAAGAAACAAGUUCAACAAAUGAUGAACUUGCACAUGCACCAGAAGGGGUCGAUCAAAACAGUGAUACAAUUACAAGCACUGCUGCGAAUCAGCUGGCAGCAGAAAAUGAAGCCUCAAGAUCUGCAAAUGAAACAACUGGAGGAAGCCGAACAGAAUCAAGUAAACUGAAAGUUCAUGUUUUGAAAGAAGAAAUAAUAUCUGUCAAGGCAGAUGUGAUUGUUAACUCGACAAAUGAAGACUUGGACUUGGAACAAGGAUAUGUGUCUGCAAAGAUAAAUAAAUAUGCAGGAAAAAAACUGCAAAAAACUGUGAAUAAAGAAGCUAAAAAGAUCAACUUCAACUUCUGGGAUUACAUAGUUACUGAGGCGUUUGAUCUAAGCAAUUGUAAGCAUAUAUUUCACUGUGCCCUCGAGCCAUUGAAAGACAUUGACCAGAAGGAUAUCUGUCUAUUGAAUAUGCGGGCAAUGGUUCGAAUGCUGUUGAAUGAAGCAAACAAAAUGAGCUGCCACUCCAUUGCUCUGCCGGCACUUGGAACUGGCAAUCUGGGUUAUCAUCCCAAGGAUGCAGCAAACGCGAUCUUCCUUGCUGUCUGUGACUUUGUAGAACUCAAUGGCGACACGAGCCAUCUGCAAGAAAUAAAAAUUGUCAUAUAUGAGAAAGAUGAAAACACAUUUCAGGCUUUCAAGAAGGUUCAAGCAGAAAUGGCCCAAGAAAUGGGUGGACGUGCCAAACAACCUGUGCCAGCAUUUUAUUUUAAAGAAAGAAGACUAGAGGCAAUUGUCGGAUCUCCUGAUAUAAUCAAUUGUGAUACUGUUGUAUGCUUACUCGACAAUUCAAAUCUAAAACAAGGGAAAUCCAAAGAUCACCCAAUUAUUUGCAAGUUGCCAUCAAAAACGGUGCAGGAUUGGAACAAAAAACGGCAUUCUAAAGGCAAAUUUUUCUCUUUGAAUGGAGCUCCAUGGAAUUGUCGGAAAAUUUUGACCAUGGAAAUGAAAGAAAAGGAGAAACUACAAUCUGUUAUUAAACAAAGCCUUUUGCAUGCUGAUGUUGACAUGAAAAGUUUUUCUGUUGUGUUUUAUUUUGAGGAAACAGAUGUUUGUUUACAACGGGGCAAAAAUUUAAUGAAGGAUUUCAUGGAUGCGUUUUAUGAUUAUGGGCCGAACAUAGAAAGAUUGAUGAAGGUUACAGUGCUGUUAGACGGAACUCAGAAUGCUACCAGAGUGUUCAAAGAAUUCAGUAAUAAAGCAUCGGUUUCCAAGCCAAGUACAGUGAAUAGAAGCUCACCAAAAGAACAAAAGAAAAGUUUUCAAGAUGAUCAGAAAAAGAAGAGUAAAGAAGAGAAAGGUAUGACACAAGAAACAAGACCACCUCCUCGUCCCCCAUUGUCUGCAAUAAAUAGUGCGUCUAGCAACAGUGGCAGCAACCGUUACAGGGGUAACAUUUUGAAAGGUUGGGAUCCCCAGCGUUUUCUUGAAACUGACGAAGUAGCAAUGCUUGUUUUGGUGAAGGGCAUACUGCCAACUGAGACAGAAGAGGAAGUGAUGUUCAACUUGAAGAAAUUUGUACCGGAAAAGAAGUUUGAAUUACAUUUUUGUCCGGGAAUGCUGUCAGCAACCUUGUCAUUCGAUACGCCACAAGAUGCAGAUGAUGUGGUUAAACAUGCACAAAACCAAACCUUUCAGUAUCAAAUAGAAAAACACCCGGCAGAGGUGCUAAUGAAAUAUGAGUUUAGCUUACCUACAAAAGAGGUCAAGGAAAUUGAGUCCACUGAACAGAUUGAAACAUUUAAAUCACACUUUAAAAAGCCUAUAAUCACUUUCAAAGCAAAUAAAGAUAAAACAAUUUCAUUCGAAUGCAAAACAAAAUUUGCUUUAGAGUUGGUUGAAAUGGCAAAAACUUACUACACGACUAAGCAUAUCAAAAUGGAGGCUGUUAGUGAAAACAUAUUAGAUGUUUUCAGCACGAAGAAGAAGGAAAGUAUCGAGCAUUUAAAGACAGACGGAGGAAUAGUCGAGUGUGAUUCUGCUACUGGUAAGGUAACUGUAAGCAUACCAAAUCUUGUUUUGGAAAAGUACAAAGAGUUGGAAGAAUAUUUGAAACGUAUAACAGAUUCAAAGAAUUUUGGAGGAAGUAGAGAGUUCUUUAUUGAAACAUAUCAAACACAAAAAGCGCAAGAGGUUUGUCAAGAUCUUGAAAGAACUGUAACAUGUGAAUGUGCAUAUGUGCCCGAGAAACAAUUAAUUGUUGUACUUGUUGAAAAAUAUGAACACAUCAAACACGUGGGGAACAAAAUUCGUGAGCUUUUAGAUGGGAAACCCUCUGAAGUGAAACCAACAGGGAGACCUGGACGAAAACGCCAUACCGAUGAUAGUUCCAAUAAUGCCGAAUCAAACAAGGCUAGUGCUAGUGGCGGGGUGCAUUUUGAAAGUGGGAAAUUGAAGAAAAUAUUCCAAACAAAGGAGAAAAUUGAUGUCCAUGUGUAUGAGGGAGACAUCCUCAAGUUAGAUGUUGAUUGUAUUGUUAAUGCAGCCAACGAACAGCUUCAACAUGGAGGAGGAGUUGCAAGAGCCAUCGCUAGAAAGGCAGGCUAUCAGUUAACUAAAGAAAGCGAAGAAUGUAUUACAAAACAUGGGAGUAUACCUGUAGGUUGUGCAGUGAGCACGAGUGCUGGAAACCUUCCAUAUGAAUGUGUUAUACAUACCGUUGGACCAAGAUGGAGUGAUUAUUCUAAUCAGUCUGACGGAAAAAAAAUGUGUUGUCAGAAGUUGUAUGAAGCAAUCAUGAGCAGUUUACAAAUUGCCGCAGACAAAGGGAUGAAGUCCAUUGCCUUGCCUGCAAUAAGUUCUGCAAUAUUUGGUGUUCCACUUCAUCUUUGCGUUGUCGAAUAUAGACAGGCUGUCUUCGAUUUUAGCAGAAUGACAGGAGCAAAAUUAAAGGAUAUCCAUUUUGUUGAUAUCAAAGCAGAUGUCGUUAAAAGUAUACAAGAUGAAUUUUGCAAUCUCCAGCAAACUGUUGAUGAAAAUAGAUAUCCUCAAUAUGAGCUCAAUAAGCCCAUGUCGCUUAAAUCAAGUUUGAAACUGAAGCCUAGACAUAGUUCAGAUAAUGAAAACAGUGGUAUGCAUUUGAAAUUCAAGGAAGAAAAUCACACAACUGUCGCUUUGAUAAAUGAACCUUUCCAUAAAUUGGAAAUACUGCAUGGAGAUUUAUCUGCUGUAGAUACGGAUGCAGUGGUUUUAACCAUUGAUGAAAAGGGAAGACCUCGCAAAUUAACCAAACAUAUUCAAGGCAAAGUAAAUGCAAACACAUCUUAUUUUGAAGAAGUCCGCUAUAAACAAUUACUUAAUAACACAACUGGCAAUGUGAUUGCAACAGGCGGCUGUGGCUCAAAGUACAAGGCCAUAUUGCAUGUGAUACUACCUUGCAAUCUAAAGUACAAAGAAAGUAAAGAAAAGGUAGCUGAUUUACAGACAGCAUACACUCACAUUUUCGCUGAAAUGUCUAAAGAUGCGCAGCUGAGAAAGGUCACCACUGUGCUUCUUGGAAAAGGUGACAAUGAUGUUACUUUUUGUGCUAGCAUACUGUGGAAAAGCUUUCAUGCUUUUUGUAGAAAAGAAUUGAAAGGUAAAGCAGUUCACGUUGUCGUUGUUUGCUAUGACAUAGAUGAGUUUGAAGCAACGAGGACUGCAAUUCUUGAAGAUGCUCUUCGUGAAACUUCUUCACACAGCCAUGAUGAAACAGAUUUGAACAAGGAUUUUGCACAAAGUGCUCUGGAAAAUGAAGAUGAGGAUUGUGUCAUAUGUAUGGAUACAGUGAAAGACCCUUAUCCCCUCAAGUGCGGACACAUGUUCUGCAAAGAAUGCAUUUUGAAGCAGUUUGAGUUUAAAAAGGUCUGUCCAAUGUGUGGACAUGUCUGUGGCAUUAUAGAAGGCAAUCAACCUACCGGUAAAAUGAUUGUGUCCAAAGAAAGUGGUAAUUGCCAUGGUUAUUGGAAUUGUGGAAGCAUUUUGAUGAGAUACGAAUUCCCAGAUGGGAAACAACAGGAAGGUCACCCAAAUCCUGGAAGCUCUUAUAGGGGGAUAAGGCGAACUGGGUAUUUGCCUGACAAUGCUGCCGGGAAGACCAUAUGUCGAAUGAUGAAAGUUGCUUUUAAAAGAAAGCUGGUCUUCACCAUUGGGAAUUCCCGGACCACGGGUCGAGAUGGAGUGAUAACUUGGAAUGAUAUACAUCACAAGACAGACCCGAAGCCUUAUACACAAUUUGGCUAUCCUGAUGACACGUAUCUGGACCGGGUAAAAGAAGAAUUGGAAAUAAAGGGCGUUACUGAAAAGGACAUUGAUUCUGUAUCAAGACUUGAAGGAGUAGUGUAUACCAACUGAGACGAUUGACUACAUAAGACUGUCCAAACAUAAUAUCUAUUUACUAUUUUAAUACAAUAGUAUUUUAAAGGGAUAAAUAUAGAAAGAAAUCACUGAAAAGCUGUCAAUUCUCUCGAAAAUGAAAAUCACAUAUUUCGACAACAUUUUGUUUUACUAUUUUGGCAAAAUAAAUUCAACCUGCACAAGCCUUAAAACCUUAAAUUUAAAAAUCCUGAUCAAGGCCAAACGAACAUUGUUAGUAAAGAAAGUUGAUAGCUUUCAUACUUCAUUGUGCCGUAUUGCAACAUAUAUCUGAACACACAAUAAAUGUUUUAAAGAGUAAUUGAACUACGUUUUUGCAAGUAUAUAUGCCAGUUUUUGAUAGGCGGCCAUUAAAAUUCAAGCACAUAUAUAAAACGUAGUUAUGUAAUUUAAUGGCAAAGCUUAUGGACAUGCAGUCAAUCUAAAAUGCACUUAGAACAAUGUUUAAAUGGAACAACAACAGUACCACACGUGGGUUUUGGCGCUUACCAGAUUUUCUCCGGUGAUCAAGAAGCAUAACUGAACACUAUUUUAAGCCAUAGUAAUGAGGAUUGCUCCUAAUAGAUUCAACGAUAGCUAUUGACAGAUUUCGAAUUAUUCCAGCAACGUUUUUUUUGUGUUGAAUGUGCCUUGUGUGUUAUUUUGAGAAUAUGGUUUAAUGAAGACUCAUAUGAGUUGAUAUCUUUUCUGUGUUUUUUUCUGCUUUUUGAUCAAUUGUAUACUUUUAAGAAAAAAGGCAUAAUAUAAUCAAAUAUUUGAAGGUGUAGUUCGAAAAUUCGUCAAGUGUAUCGAGGGCUGAUCGCGAAACUGUUCUAUUUGACAUAUUUUCAGAAAACCACUUUUUGGCAAAAAUAUAUAUAUAAUACUGUGAUACAUAUUCUACAAAAAUAUUAAGUUCAUAUCUCUACAAAUAUUUAUUUUAUUCAACAUUAGUCCUUUAGUUCCAUCUGGCAAAGCAAUUUUAUUUUCCCGCGAAACUGUUCCAUGUGAAUAUGCAAGCAAAUAGGACAGUUUCGAAGUCAAUUUGAAAUUAUUUUUUCAAAUGGAAAUUGUUCUAUUUGAAUAAAAGUGUUUUUUGUCAUUCAUUUCUUAGAUUUAUAUGAAUAAAAAGUGUGGAUCUAAACUUAUAUGGCUAAGAUAUAUCAUUUUUAUCAAAAUACUUCUUCUGUGUUUCAAAUGGUACAGUUUCGCAGUAUUUUUAUCUUUAAUAAGAAUUAACUUUUACUGCGAAACUAUACUAAGUGCAGCACAUUUCUCAAUAUUUGGCACAUUUUUUAUCAAUAAUGAUAUUUAUAUCAUUAGAGUAUAAAUAUAUAGUUACUAUAUGAUCAUUAAAUCAAUUGAAAUUAGAAAAUAUUCAAAAAAUAAAAAGAUGAAAUGUCAUUAUGAUCAUAUCUGCAUGAUGUGAUGUAAAUUGAUAUGUUUAUGUUAAUAAAAGUUUGGAUAUUAUAUAGUUUGAAAAAACAAUAAAAAAAUAUUCUUAUUAUUACUAUUUUGAUAAACCUUUAUUUAUCUAAUAUCAUUUAAAGUGACACUCAUAUUCAAAAUUCAAUUAAUAAGACAUACACAAAAAAGUCAUGUAUAACAAACAUAAAUUUUGAGUGAUAAACCUUUAACUACUUACUAAAUAAUGCAUAUAUGAAAACUAUUAAAAACUGAUAACAAGAUUGUAACUGUGUAUUUAAUAGCUGAAAAAUAUUAAAUGAUUGGUGAGUGCAAAAAGAUUUACUGUGAUCUUCUCAUUAGGUAGAAAUACCGUGUUUUCUGCACCUUUCUUUUAAAUUCAACCCAGCAUCCUUCAUAAGAAACAUUGUUUUAGACAUUUAUUCAUCCUUUUUAGUAUAUUAUAACAAUUGUAUUAAUUAUGGUUAAUCUUAUUUGGGAGUAAGAGUGUAUCUUUAAGUAUAAUGGAUGACUUAUUAUUUU